UAAUUGCAUUAGGCUACACCUGUUUACAAGGUUUCGCUUUAAUCCAAUUCGUUUUGUUGGUCACAUGCCUUGUUCCUAUUGUCUGCAGCAGAGAGAAGGGUGUGUACUGGGGAUGUGGGCUGGCUGGCUGACGGCAGUGUUUUCUAGCAGUGGUGGCGCAGCAUCCUUUGUAUCAUGUAGCCUUGGUGCUGUGCGUGCGGAUUAAGGGUGGAGACAGUUAUCGUUGCCAGGGUCAAGGAUAUUCAUCAGUCGGAGGAAGUACAUGUAGUCUACGUGGUAUAGGCUAUGUCCGUGUGAUUAGGUGUGCCCAAGUACAGAAUGUUACCAUUUUCUGCGAAAGCUAUGAAUUGGCUUACCUGGGUACCGCUCGGCGGAGGAUGCUUCGAGAAAGAGGGGCAGUCAUGAUGCGCGAUUAACGACAGAUACAGUGGCUUUUAAUUGUGUUGCGGAGAAAUCAAUUUUUAUGGUCAAGGAUCAAAGGAAUAAAUAUGUCGAGACCGAAACCGUGCGAGGCGGUAAAGGUGGUGGUGCGAUGCCGCCCUUUUAACAGGAGAGAGGAGACUAUGGACAACGAUAACAUAUUGGAUGUGAAUUCAAAACUGGGCCAGAUCACAUUGAGGAACCCGAGGGCGUCACCUGAAGAAGUCAUGAAAUCAUUCACCUUUGAUGCGGUCUACGACUUUGAGUCGAAACAGAGCGAUAUUUAUGACGAUACCGUCAGACCUCUUGUAGAUUCCGUGUUACAAGGAUUCAAUGGUACGAUAUUCGCAUAUGGACAGACUGGGACAGGUAAAACCUUCACCAUGCUAGGUAUGCCCACAGACAAUGAAAGAGGGAUCAUCCCAAAUUCAUUUCACCACAUUUUUACACAGAUCUCCAGGUCUCAGAAUCAGCAAUAUUUAGUGAGGGCAUCCUAUCUAGAAAUCUAUCGGGAGGAGGUCAGGGAUCUGUUAUGUAAAGACAACAAGAAACUAGAUCUCAAAGAGAACCCAGAUUCAGGGGUUUAUGUCAAAGAUCUGUCUUCGGUUGUCACCAAGAAUGUGAUGGAGCUCGAACAUGUCAUGAACAUAGGAGAUGAGUCCAGGUCUGUGGGGUUCACCAAUAUGAACGAUCACAGCUCGCGGUCCCAUGCCAUCUUCAUGAUCACGGUGGAGUGCAGUGAGAAAGGUGCAGAUGGAGAGGACCACAUACGGGUUGGGAAGCUGAACAUGGUUGACCUGGCUGGCAGCGAACGCCAGAGCAAGACGGGUGCUAAAGGGGAGCGCCUGAAAGAGGCCACUAAAAUCAACCUGUCCCUCUCAGCACUGGGUAAUGUCAUCUCAGCUCUGGUGGAUGGGAAGAGCACCCACAUCCCUUACAGGGACUCUAAACUGACCCGUCUACUCCAGGAUUCACUGGGUGGCAAUGCUAAGACAGUCAUGGUAGCCACUCUGGGACCAGCGUCCAAGCACUAUGAAGAAUCCCUGACCACCCUACGGUACGCAAACCGAGCCAAAAAUAUAAAGAACAAACCCAAAAUCAAUGAGGAUCCAAAGGAUGCUCUGCUGAGAGAGUUCCAGGAGGAGAUUGCCCGCCUGAAGGCCCAGCUGGAGGAGCGAGGGACGCUGGCGAAGGAGAGGAGGAGAAGGAGGAAUAGCAGAAGACUGACUAAAAGUAUGAUUGUUGAGGAUGUAGCCCACAGAGAAAGGGAUGCAGAGCUGUGGAAGGCACUGGAAGCAGAAUGGAAGCGGAAUGAGGAAUACUAUAUAAAGGAAGAAGAAGAAAGCAAGAUGAUAGAAGAGGAUGAAAAGGGGGUAGAGAGAUUCAACUCCAUGGAUAACUCUGUAGAGGCCAGUCCCCAAAAAUCUGUAACCUCCAGAAUACCGAUACAUAGAUUUAGCUCUGUGGAUGAUAGCCCCAAAAAGGCUUUUCCCACCAGCACCCAUAGCAGCCCAGGGGCCAGAGAGAAAUGGAAGCCAUUUGGUGAAAAAGAACAGAUGGAAAAGGAAAGGAUGAUGGACGACAUGCAGAAGGAACAGGAAGCUAUGGAAAAGAUUAUUGAGAAAUAUAAGGCAAUGGAGAGCAAAAUAUUGGCUGGGGGAAAGAACAUUAUUGACCACACUAAUGAGCAACAGAAGAUGCUGGAAUUGAAGAGGCAAGAGAUUGCAGAACAGAUAAGACGGGAGAGAGAGAUCCAGCAGCAGGUGAUGGCUCAGGAUGAGGAGACAGGAGAGCUGAGAGAGACCUUCUCCUCCCUGCAGCAGGAGGUGGAUCUCAAGACCAAGAAGCUAAAGAGGUUGUAUGCCAAGCUGCAGUUGGUGAAGGCAGAGAUUGGGGAUGUCAUUGAUGAGCAUGUAGUUACUAGACAGGAGCUUGAGCAGACACAGAAUGAACUCACCAGAGAACUCAAGUUCAAGUAUCUCUUAAUUGAGAAUUUCAUCCCUCCCAAAGAUAAGAACAAAAUUAUGAACCGGCUUCACUUUGACAGUGACGAGGACCAGUGGAGGUUUAGGCCCUUCGUUCCUUCCGAAAGGUCAGCUGAGAAUGUGAUGCUCCUGGAGCUAGAUAUGAGCCCACCCAGCAUGUACAACCUCAACCUUAACGGAGCACACCUGGAACAGAACUUUGGAGGUCACGGUAGUCCCAGGAGAGACCUGCUAGCCAACGUCCCACUCAGGGACAGGACAACUGCAUCAGGAAGGGUCCGGAAGUCACGAUCCUGGUACCAGGCACCACGCUCAUCCUCUUCAUGCGUCUCAUCCUCUUCAUCAUCCAGCUCUAUAACAUCAGGGCCCCAGACCCAGUGCUCUCCUCACCCCCAGAGACCCUCCUCAGCCAUAUACACUCCAUUGGAAGGUUCCAUUCCAGGGGGUCCCUGAGUCCAGAUUCUAGAACAUUCCAACAUUCCAAUGUAUAUCAUAUAUGCUUAUUUGCUAGGUGGAAAUAUACAGGUUAGGACAAUGUAAUAAUUCCAUGCAGCAGUGUUAGAAAAUAAACAAUUUCAUUGGACCAGCGACUACAGGAUUAGCAUAAAAAAUGUGACCAGUGGCCAGGAAAUCAAGUAGUGAAGUGACUGUAGAUCAUUUGAAACGUAGAUAAUUUAAACGUUUGAAUUAAUAGAAUGACAGUAAAACAGUUAUGCUAUGUGUUUGAUGAGUAGUUAGCUGAAAUGUACUACGAUUGUGGUUAUUUUCCAAGUUUGAUGACAAACUUUCUGUACUGCUAACAUUCACUUCCAGUCAUUUUCACUCGCAUUGCUAGCAAUGAGGUACAAUAGAUUGCUAGUCCCAUUGUUUAUAAUCAUUUUGCAUUUAUAGAGACAUUCAUGGGAUUUUAGAAUCCUCUUGUCCUAACCUGUAUAUCUGACCUGUCUGCAUUAUCAACAAUUUCAUAGUGUAUUAUUUCACCAAACACAAUUGGUCUGUAACCAAAAGUAAUUUGCAUUUGUGGAAAAUAUUGCACCGCUGAACUUUGACUAAAGUAUAUGACUAAAGUAAUGUUUAGCUUUUGGUGUACAGAAACAUCAGAAUAAAUGGUACAAACUGUUACAUAACAUAACUUGUAUGAGCCUAC